GGUAGGAAUUUUCAAUAGGUAAUCGUGGUGGGAGCGGGACCCUUUGGUGUAGGAGCGGGCCGGGCCGAGUCAGUGGUUGGUUUUCUGGGCAUGUGAAUAUCGGCAUUGAAACCCAAACGGCCUUUAUGGUUUGUGCUGAUUGGGAACGUUGCAGAUCUUUGAAAUGAAUGAGAGUAUAGGGCUUUGCAGAAGAAGACGACGCUUCCUCUUUCUCAUGUGUCUCUGACGAGGCCUUAGGGCUUUGUAAGAAGGCUUCAACAAAUUUGUCAUUUGCUCUCCAGCUCUUUAAAUCCCCCACAGGUCAUUGAAAAAAUAUUUGCUGCUAGUGGGUCUCGCAUGAGGAAGAAUGUUUAAUUCACCUAUGUUUGAAUUGAAACCAAAUGGCCGAGGAUACUAGCAAGGACCAAGGCGUUGAGCCAAGUUUGUCUGCCCCAACUUUUGAAAAGAAAGACACUGAGAUCGAAAAGAAGAAGCAGAAAGGAAUUAUAUCUCGCAUUUGGAAUAGUCUCUUUAGAAUGCAUGGCGAUGAUUUUGAGAAAAGGUUGCAACACAUUUCUAAGGAAGAAGCUUCCGUUCUAGCUAGAAUGAAGAAAAGAACUCAAAGUUGGAGGAGGAUGAUGAGGCACCUCAUUGUAUUAUCUUUCAUUAUGGAGGUUAUUGCAGUGGGUUAUGCUAUCAUGACAACAAGAUCUUUGGAUCUAAAUUGGAAGAUGAGGGCAUUUCGUGUUUUGCCUAUGUUCCUUUUGCCCGGUUUGUCUUCUGUCGCUUAUUCAGCACUUGUAAGCUUCACAAGGAUGUGUGACCGCAAGGACCAGAAAACUCUGGAAAGGCUUCGGGCUGAAAGGCAAGCAAAGAUUGAUGAGCUUAAGGAAAAGACAAAUUACUAUAUUACUCAACAGCUCAUUCAGAGAUAUGACCCUGACCCAGCAGCAAAGGCAGCUGCAGCGACUGUCCUGGCAUCAAAGUUAGGCUCAGAUUCAGGCUUAAAAGUGUAUGUAGGAGAUGAACAUCAGCUAAAUGUUCCCACAGGGAAAAGCAAUGAUGUAGAAGUUGUACAAUCUAGUGGGAUGCGAAAUAGAAAGCAGUUGCAGACCAGAUCCAGUAACCCAGGCAGUCCUGCAUUGCACCAUUCUGAUGAAAUACCGCAUAAUGCUGGGGCUGAGGGUCCUGGAAUUUCUGAGCAUGAUCAGUUGGUUGUUGAGCAUCACACUCACAAUGGAGCGGCCCAUCAUGAUGGGGGAUGGAUUGCUCGAAUUGCUGCACUACUUGUGGGGGAGGAUCCAACAGAGUCUUAUGCACUUAUAUGUGGAAACUGUCAUAUGCAUAAUGGACUUGCCCGGAAGGAGGAUUUCCCAUAUGUAACUUAUUACUGCCCACACUGUCAUGCCCUGAAUCAAUCAAAGCAAGCAGAAGAGCAUGCUUCUCGUUCCAAUUCUCCAAGAACAGGCAGUGCUGAUGGAAUCAGCAAUGCUCCUGGUUCUGUGAGUGAUGGCACUCUCACAGGCAGCAGCCCAGUAAGAACUGCUUCUGAGAUUGAGGAAGUAGUUGAGAAGGCUACUCCUGAAAAUCCAGUUAAAGAGGAAGACUAGUGUGGAAUCGCCAAGUCUGGUUUGGGAUAUUGUUUUCUUUUGUUUGCCUUUAUAUCAUCCUGGUUUGUGAGCCAUAUUGAGUGUUGGAAUCGCAUUGAGUUUGCUUCUUGUCUGCUUCUAUAACAAAAGAUUGUUUGAGAUUCCUUAUUACAAACAAACUUCAAACUUACGGUACAUGGAUCAAUGGUGAUAAUUCUUUACUUGACACAAAACAUUACAAAAUUAAUAAGUUUAGAUUGAGAUUAA